UUUUUCUGGACCCACAAAAGGGACGACCAUGAUAUUGCUUCGCGCCAAUGCGCAAGCAAAGCAAUCAAUGACGCGGUGGCUCCGCGCAUCGGAGGUAGCUGCUCGAACAGAAUCGGUGAUGAAGGCGCCUCUCCGCUCCGGCACCGAACGAAUUCACUUCCUUUUCCAAGCAUGGAAGCCUAUAUCGUCACUUACUUCGCCAGUCGACUCUUUGAGCAACAUUUCUGCUGUAUCUCCCAAAACCCUACAAAACAGUGUCGACGAUGGAAACUCCAAGCAGGAAUUUAUGAAGCUCAAGUUACCUCGGAGUAGUGUGAGCACCGUGCUUCAGAGUGGGAAAUGUGAAGCUCAAAGGACCUCAAUCACUAAGCUCCGGCGUGUUGUCAAGAAGCUCUACACAUCGAAGCGCUUUGAGCGUGCGCUAGAGGUACUAAUGUUGAUGGAAACUCGAGAUAAUUUGCGUAUGUCCCCGGCUGAACAUGCUCUCAGAUUGGAAUUGACAAUCAAAGUGCACGGUGUACUGAAAGCUGAAGAGUACUUCAAUCAAUUGCCCACCAUAGCCUCUCAGAAAGCUUCAUCUCUGCCUCUUCUUCAUGGUUAUGUCAAAGGGAGAAACACUGAAAAAGCGGAAGCUUUCAUGGUGAAGCUAAGGGACUUGGGACUGGUUGUGAACCAUCAUCUUUACAAUGAGAUGAUGAAACUGUAUGUGGCCACAUCUCAAAAUGAGAAAGUUCCUCUUGUUAUAAGGGAUAUGAAGCAAAAUCAAAUACAGAGAAAUGUUCUCUCUUACAACCUUUGGAUGAAUGCUUGCAGUGAGGUAUAUGGGGUUGGGUCCGUGGAGUUAGUGUUUGAAGAAAUGCUGACUGAUAAGAAUGUUCAAGUGGGAUGGAGCACUCUGUCUACUCUGGCUAAAGUUUAUAUACAGGAAGACCUUGUUGACAAAGCGUUUGCAGCCUUAAAAGAUGCAGAGAAGAAGCUAUCCCCAUGUAAUAGGCUUGGAUAUUUCUUCUUAAUCACAUUAUACGCCUCUUUGAAGGAUAAGAAGGGAGUUUCUCGAGUUUGGAGAGCUAGUAAAGCUGUAAGUGGCAGACCCACUUGUGCUAAUUACAUGUGUAUAUUGCUGUGUUUGGUGAAGGUAGGAGACAUCGAUGAGGCAGAGAAAGUAUUUAAGGAAUGGGAGUUGAAUUGUCGUAACUAUGACAUUAGAGUUUCCAAUGUUCUUUUGGGUGCAUAUGUGAGAAAUGGAUUGUUAGAGAAGGCCGAGUCAUUGCAUAUGCACACACUGGGAAGAGGUGGUAGUCCAAAUUAUAAGACAUGGGAGAUUCUCAUGGAGGGGUGGGCGAGAAACCAACAAAACGUGGACAGAGCUAUUAGUUUUUUGAGAAAGAUUUUGCUUGGUUGAACUGUCACUGUUUAAGUCUGUCACUCCCUUUUAUUGUCCAUCCAAUCACCAUGGAUAAAGCAUUAAUCACUAUCUUAAAUGUUGAUGGUUUGAUGUCUCGUUCUACAAUUCUUCAACUCAAAAAGUUUAACUUCUAUAAUGACCGACAUUAUUUUGAGAAUCAUCUAGUGUGGGAAUCUCAAAAUUAUGAGUCAUCGACCUUUCUGAUUUUGUGCUUGUACAUUAACGGGGAGGCUUCUAGCAUCCUUCAAAAAUGUUGCCAACUCAGAUGCUGAAAAUCGGGCAAAUAAAGACCUCAUAAGUCUCCUGUACUUAAUUGUGAUAUUCUCCUUUCCAUCUUGGUUGAAUCCAACACAAAAGGGAUUGUGGACCAAAUCAACCAAUCUACGGUUUCACUAAAGUUGGAAACUCUAUCGAUACAAUUAAUGAGCUAGCACUUUCUAUGGGACGAUCUAUGCAAUCUUUUUCAUUUUGUCAUGGAGAUGGGAAUCACGGAACUCACCCUAUAACAUGUGUUGCAAUUGGUUUUGAAAAUCUCGGUAUAUUUUGAAAUUUUGUUUUUCA